AUGCUUACGCCUAUUAAUAAGAUUAAAAGUAGCGCGAUACUUAUCGUAAAUCCUUUUAAGAAGCUCUCGCUCUAUACUAAGAUCGUCUUUCUAAUACUUAAGGCUUAUAAGUCUCUAAAAUUUAAUCUUGAAGAGAAGGAGUCUUAUCGGCUAGAGAAAUUCUUCUCUCGUGAAGAGAUUAAAGUAGUAAAGGAAGAGAAGGACGAAAGGAUUGAUGAGAUUGAAGUAGAACUAAUUAGUAAUACUAAGGAGUUAAAUAAUAAAUUGAAUAAUAAGAUAGUGGCAGAAAUACCGAAUCUUAAUUACGCUUAA